AUGUCUACCUACCAAUUCCUUUCCGCGUUGGGCGGCGUUCUCCUGCUCUUUUUCGUCUACGACUCCAAAGCUAUUCCUGGAUUAUGGCAUGCCCGAAUUAUCGCAAUCCUCAUGAACCACCUUGUUUGGAAGCGCAAUCAAUCCUCCUCAGGCGAUGGUCCAUCCACCCUCUUUCGCCCCUUGCGGACCCGAUCCUAUUGCUCUCUGGCGGAAGUCGAUUUCAACCUCCACAAGUCUAACAGCACAUUCUACGCCGAUCUGGAUAUUAGCCGGAUCGAGUUACUACUGCUACUCUUCAAGGAUGUUAUUACACCAUUGUCUCCCCCAUCGAGAAAGCCCCACAGUGAAAGAGCCCACAAAAGUGACGAGAAACAAACCGGAAGCUUGAAACAUCUCACGCCUGCUCUCGGUGGCGUGUCGUGUAUCUUCCGAAGAGAGAUCAAGCCCUGGCAGCCGUAUGAUGUCGAGUCACGAAUUCUGUGCUGGGAUGACAAAUGGUUGUACAUUGUUAGCCAUUUCCUGAAGCCCGGUAUGGCGGGUUCGGAGGAAAAUGUUCUUGCGUCGGCUAUCUCGAAGUAUGUUUUCAAAAAGGGUCGACAGACGAUAGCACCAACGGAGGUUCUCCAGUUCCUACAAUUGUUGGAGGAUGGCGAUGAUGCUGAUGCUGAUGCUGAUGUCAACGCCAAUGCUGACGCUCACGCUGAUGCUGGCAUUGGACGGUCGGAAAUGGGGCCGAAGUUCACAGUCUCAAUGUCUUCGUUCUGGCUCCAUUCCAGAGCGGCGGCAGCAUGCCCGAUUGCUGUCGAAGAUACCUUUGGGCCUGUUGUCAACCAUGAGUGCAAAGAUGGCUUUGAUUUCACACUAUACUUCGAAGAGACAGUCCUUACACUGCCCGUGACGCUCUUCUUUCUCUUCUGGGCCUUGCCACGCAUUUACCACCUGAGACAACAGACGAUAAAGGUGCAGGGAGGAUAUCGGUAUUUCGUAAAGCUAGGUGGAUAUGCUCUGUUGGCCGUCCUCCAGCUAACCCUCGUCGGCCUCUGGGCAGCGCCGUCGGGAAAAACCACCCGAGCUACCGUCGCAACGGCAGUCGUGUCCUGGCUGGCUUCCAUCAUCUUCGGUAUUCUUUCGCACUAUGAGCAUAUCUGUACUAUCCGGCCUGCUACCAUCAACUGUGGCUACCUGUUUCUUUCGUCGAUCAUGUCAUUGGCCGAGACCCGCACAUUAUACUUUCUGGAGAAGAACCGAUCGAUUGCAGUUCUCUAUACGGUGACCUUGUGCAUAAAGGUGGUGUUGUUGAUUACUGAAACCAUGUCAAAGAGGUCCCUUUUAAGACGAAACUAUAGAGAUUCACCUCCAGAAUCGACCGUGGGGAUUCUGGGAGAAUGUCUCUUCUGCUGGCUCAACCCGCUCUUAAUGCUCGGCAAUCGCAUGGAUCUUACGGUUGAGCUGCUUCCCCCAAUCGAGGACUCACUUCGGUCUACGGGGCAUGGUGAAAGCGGGUUACAUGCGCUCUGGAGAAAGAGACCGAACCGGAAUUCCCCUCACAGUUUGCUGUGGGCAUGUUGUCGAUACUACUUGGUUCCAAUCCUGUUAGGCGUCUUCCCUCGAGCACUACAGGUGGCCUUCACGUUCGCGCAGCCCUUCCUGGUCGAAGCAACCACGACCUGGGUGGCCUCGAACGAGAUUACCCACCCCAAGGCACAGGGUUAUGCACUGAUUGGAGCGUUUGGAAUAGUCUACACGGGCAUUGCGGUUUCUACGGCCUUCGCCCAUCAUCAGGCAUAUCGAGUGGUCUCCAUGAUACGGGCAGAUCUGGUUGACAUGCUCUACAGUCACGUCAUGGUCAUGCGUGACAUUGACGUCGAAACCAGCGCCCCCGUUACGCUAAUGAGUGCAGAUAUGGAGCGUAUUUCAGGCGGCCUACACUACAUUCACGAUGCCUGGGCUUGUAUUGUCGAGAUUCCUAUUGCGCUCUAUUUGCUAUGGCGUCAGCUGGGGGUCGCCAGUAUCGCCCCGAUCAUCGUGGUGUUUAUUUGUAUGGCUUUGUCGUUGCUUAUAUCCGGACUGGCCGGCCCUCGCCAGCAGGUCUGGCUCGAGGCCAUUGAGAAACGUGUCGAUAUUACGGCAAAGGUUUUGGGAUCUGUAAAAGGAGUCCGCACGGCUGGAUUGACCGACAAGCUGUUCAACCUCGUCCAGACCAUGCGCGUUGAAGAAGUCAUCAAGUCCGAAAAAUUCCGUCGACUGCUGAUCCUGGUGGUGGGUGUGGCCUACAGCAACGUCACACUCUCCCCGCUGGCCUCGUUCACCAUCUACGCCCUCAUAGCACGUCAUAAAGGCGAUGAAACCCUGACGGCCGCCAAGGCGUUCACAUCGCUAACCUUAUUCACUCUUCUUGCCACUCCAAUCUCUAACCUGGUUGAAGCUGCAACGGGUGUCGCCACCGCAAUCGGCUCCAUUAAACGAGUGAACGAGUUUUUGCAGUCAGACCCACGAAGGGACGACGCACAUGAGCCCCGAGGGACUCGGAGCAACAUCAGCAUCCCCGCCAGCGUUUUGUCUAGCGCACUGACGGAGAUUGGAGUCGUCUACGACGGAAAGGGUAUGUCUGUUGUGGAAGGAGUGCCCAGUAUCUCCAGUCGCGAGAAGUUACCCUUGUACUACGAAGUCACUGGCCCAGUCUUUGUGGCAGAGGGCCGCAGCGCUGGCUGGGAAGAGAGUAAGCCAGCUGUCGUACAUGAUUUAACCUUUGAGAUUCAUCGAGGGACGGUGACAUUUGUCGUUGGGCCCGUCGGCUCUGGGAAGUCCACGUUUGUGCGUGCGUUGCUGCGAGAGACGCCCAUCUUUUCGGGAGGGUUGAAGGCUGAUCCUGACUCGAUUGCGUACUGCUCGCAGACACCAUGGUUAACAAACAAUACCAUCCAGGAGAAUAUCUUGGGAGAGUCACUUUUCGACCUGCGCUGGUAUAAUACUGUGAUCGAGGCGUGCGCCCUACAUGACGAUAUCCGCAAACAACCCAAUAGGGAUAAGACCAUGUUAGGGACCCAAGGCGCUAUUCUUAGUGGGGGGCAAAAGCAACGCGUGGCUCUGGCCCGGGCGGUAUACUCCAGAACAGAGACUAUUAUCCUGGACGACGUCUUCAGCGGACUGGACCGCACGACGGAGGAUGCGGUCUUCAAUGCGCUGUUGGCCCCAGGGGGACUUUUACGGAAGCUGGGUACGACGGUGAUCAUGACGACAAACAGUCCCUCUCGCCUCUCUGUUGCGGACCAUAUCAUCGCCCUGGGCCCAUCAGGAAACAUCAUGGAACAAGGAACAUACAAAGAGCUCCAUUCCCGAGCUGACAGUUAUAUUCGUAGUCUGGCAGUCCUACCGAAACGGAAGGCAACGGUCCAUCUGGAGGCCCCCGAGAUCCCGAUCCCAAGGGCCAGGGCCCGGAAUCGACUGUCUCAGAACCGGUUCUCGCAGCGGUUCUCCCAGAGGUUCUCUCAGCAAUUCUCCCAGCAAUUUUCUCAGCGUUUCUCCCAGCGGUUUUCUCAACAGUUCUCACAAGAUCAAUUUUCACAGGUACAGUUUGGACAAACUCAGCUCGUGCCAAACCGCCUCUCCCAAAAUCGGCUCUCUCAACAUCGCCUCUCAUUGGCGAGUCCAGAGGUUCAAUUAGAACCAACACCGCAGGAGGAUGGGCGACGGACGGGUGAUAUGUCCAUCUAUUGGUAUUAUGCCCAAGUCCUGGGAGUGUUCCGGUCAGCGGUUUUUGUUCUUUUGAUAAUGGCCUAUGUGGUUACCAUUACAUAUCCUUCCAUCUGGGUGGAGAAAUGGGCAAGUUCAAAUGUCGAUCAUCCCAACGAGAGACUGGGAUAUUGGCUCGGGAUUUAUGCAUUUAUCGCCGUGAUGGCCACUUCUACACUUGUCACUUCCUGCUGGCACCUGAUGGCGAAUUUGGUAGCUCGUGGUGCCCGAAAUAUGCAUGCUGAGCUCCUGAAGAGUGUUCUAGAUGCCCCGAUGUCAUUUUUCCAGACCACCGAUCUAGGCAACACGACGAACCGAUUCAGCCAGGACCUGCAGCUGAUCGACAUGGAGCUCCCCCUCUCUGUCCUGAAUACUAUCCUUACCUUCUUCACCUGUGUUGCCCAAAUGGUGGUGAUUUGCACCGCUACGGGCUACAUCGCCGCCACCAUCCCAGCUUGUAUAAUCGCCUUUUAUUUUACCCAACGGUUUUACCUUCGCACCUCCCGACAGAUCCGAUAUUUAGAUAUCGAAGCCAAAGCCCCGCUGGUCUCCCACUUCUUGGAAAGUCUGAGUGGCCUGUCCACCAUCCGGAGCUACAAGUGGGAACACCAUUACCGCCGACGCAACAGUAAAUUGCUCAACGAUUCCCAGAAGCCCUUCUAUCUGCUUUUCGCCAUUCAACGCUGGCUCGAACUGGUCAUUGCCCUGAUGGUGGCCGGAUUUGCCGUCGUCCUUGUAUCCAUAGCGGUCGCCACGCGAGGGAAAGUUAGCGCGAGCUUCAUUGGAUUGGCACUACUGAAUAUCGUUACCUUUACCGAGAAUUUGCAGGGUCUAAUCAAACAAUGGACAGUUUUGGAGACAUCCAUUGGGGCAGUGGCACGAAUUCGGAACUUCAAGUCUACUAUUGAGUCGGAGCACUUGGAAGACGAGACAGCGGUGCCUCCCCCAGACUGGCCAGCCCAAGGAGCAAUUGAGUUCACCAAUGUGGUGGCUUCCUACAAGAACUCCUGGACUCGUGCACUCGAUAAUAUUUCUCUAUCAAUUAAGCCAGGCACCAAGGUUGGGAUCUGUGGCCGCUCCGGAAGUGGGAAGUCUUCGCUAGUAUCCUCACUGUUCCGCCUCAUUGAACUAACCAGCGGCACGAUCAACAUUGACGGGCUAGACAUCUCUCUGCUGGGCCGCAACCACCUGCGCGCUCAGCUGAAUUGUAUCCCCCAGGAGCCAUUCCUCUUGCCCGGCUGUUCCGUUCGCCUCAACGUGGAUCCUGGCAUUGCAAUCCAUGACGACAUCAUUAUUGAUGCCUUGAAGAAGGUUCAACUCUGGGAUGCGGUUCGAGAGCUCGGUGGCUUAGAUGCUACAAUUACGCCUGAUACCUUCUCCCCGGGUCAGAAGCAACUCCUCUGCUUCGCCCGCGCGAUGGUACGACCAGAGGGGAAGAUUCUCGUCCUCGAUGAGGCGACAAGCAGCAUUGACACCAAAACGGAUGACCUCAUCCAGUCGCUCAUCCGGAGUGAAUUUGCCGAUCAUACUGUCAUCGCCAUUGCACAUCGACUGGAAACCAUUGUGGAUUUCGAUGAGAUUAUUGUCGUUGAUGCCGGGCGCGUCGAAGAGCAAGGUCCGCCGGCGGUUCUGCUCGAGCGCGGAGGGGCGUUUGCGGAGUUAUACUGGGAUAAGGACCGGAGUUCGGAUAGGACUCCCUUAAGACUUUAG